AUGGAUGUUGCGGGCUUUUGGCGUCUCCCGUUACCUUUCGGCCAAAAUGGAUUUCGCAGCUUUUGGCGUUUCCGAUUACCUGAGAAAAUAGGCUGUGUUUUGAGACUCAACUGUGGGAUGGGGCCACAUUUUUCUGGUUUAAUGUUCUGUGAGGAACUAGCUGCUUCUCAGUGGGGUGUUAGUAGAAACCUGGCAGAAUGGUUCUGGCACAGGGCUCUCCCUGUUCCCAAGUGGAAACAGCUGUUGACAGAGGAAGGGAUCCUGGUGAUGUUUAAUCCUAAAACUGGAAAGGUUUCAGAUUUGAAUCAUCAAGUGUGGACUCUUCAAGGUGACACCCUCGUGGCAGUUCCAUGGAGCAGCAGUGUAGACCCAGUCACUGUCACUCUUAUGCCAUGUAAGUAUCCAGAGUCUUAUGAGCAAAACAAAGGGAUUCCAAUUUAUUUGGGAAUAAAGAACUCAGAAAAAUGUCUGUCUUGUGAGGAUGUUAGAGGACGGCCCAUACUGCAGCUGAAGGUGGAGAACAUUCUAGAUCUGUACAAUCAAGACAAGCCCGUGACACCCUUCCUCUUUUACUGUGAUCGGAAAGGAAGGACCUCCACUUUUGAGUCUGUGGUCUUCCCUGGUUGGUUCAUUGCCUCCUCGAGCAUCGGCCAGCCUAUCUUUCUCACUUCAGAGCUGGGGGAAACAUAUAACACUGACUUUGACUUAACUCUGGAGUCUUGA